AAAAACAAAGGAACACAGUAUUUCACUUUCUCAAGAUCUUUUCUCGAAGAAAGGAAAAAAGUUUGUUGUUUUCAGAGCAGUGUUUUCAAUCCGCGGUGGCGACGACCGACGUAGGCGGCGGCAGCGGAGGAGGAGAGGCGCAGAACGGUGGUUUUCAGGGGUUUCUGUCGUCGCUGUUCUCCACUCUCGGCGGUGUUUUCGGCUCUACGUUUCAAGAAAAAUCGUCGCACUCAGUCAUGGCUUCUAGAGCUGUUCCUGCGCAGGGACAACCCACCAAUGGUGAAAACAAGCAAAAGAAUGUGGGAGCUGAAGGGAGAAACAGAAGGGUGCUUCAGGAUAUUGGGAAUCUUGUGACUAAACAAGCAGAUCCUGGUGUCAAUGUGACUAAGCGUGUCACAAGGAACUUUCGUGCUCAAUUGUUGGCGAAUGCACAAAAAGCUGCGGCAGAGAAGAACAAGAAGCCAUACACUGGAGUAGAGAAUGGCGCAGUGGUAGCAAAUGGAAACUUUAUUGCUGCAAGGAAGGUGGAACCUUCUAAGAAGGCAAAAGAAGAACCUGAAGUAAUCAUCAUUAGCUCUGAUGAUGAAUCAGAAGAAGAGAUGGAGAGCCCAGCUGUUAAGGGAAGAAAGGCAAGGGAUAUGUCUGCCAGGAAAAAUGGAAAGGCCUUCAGUUCAGCCCUCUCAGCUAGAAGCCAGGCUGCUUGUGGAGUCCCAAGGGAUUCAGUAGUGAACAUAGAUGAAACGGACAAGGACAAUGAAUUGGCAGCAGCGGAAUACAUUGAUGAUAUGUACAUGUUUUUCAAAGAAACUGAAGAAGAUGGUCGUGUGCAUGAUUACAUGGCUUCACAGCCAGAUAUAAAUUCCAAGAUGAGAUCAAUCCUUGUGGAUUGGUUGAUAGAAGUGCAUAGGAAAUUUGAGCUCUCUCCGGAAACUCUCUAUCUGACUCUGAACAUUGUCGAUCGAUUCUUGUCCGUGAAGGCUGUGCCUAGAAGGGAACUUCAGUUGGUUGGUAUCAGUUCAAUGCUGAUAGCCUCAAAAUAUGAAGAGAUAUGGGCACCGGAGGUUAAUGACUUUGUAUGCAUAUCAGACAAUGCUUAUGUUAGCGAACAAGUGCUGAUGAUGGAGAAAAUGAUCCUGAGAAAGCUUGAAUGGUAUUUGACUGUCCCCACACCCUAUGUCUUCUUGGUUCGGUAUAUCAAAGCCUCCAUUCCAUUUGAGAAAGAGAUGGAAAACAUGGUGUUUUUCCUUGCCGAGCUCGCUUUGAUGCACUAUCCUACUGUAAUCCUGUAUUGCCCUUCUCUGAUUGCCGCUUCUGCUGUAUACGCCGCUCGAUGUACUCUUGGAAAGAGUCCUUUCUGGACAAGGACUUUGAAGCAUUACACAGGCUACUCUGAGGAGCAACUAAGGGAUUGUGCCAAAAUCAUGGUCAACCUUCAUUCUGAUGCACCAGAAAGUAAGCUUAGGGCAGUUUACAAGAAAUUCUGUAGCUCAGAUCGCAGUGCUGUUGCUCUUCUAACUCCAGCAAAGAACUUGUCAGCACCACUGUCUUGAACAGAUUCAAGUCUAGGGGGGAUUAUUGCUGUAUGACUUGGAAAAUCUAUGGAUGGGUUUGUUUAGGGAGAUCAUUGCUGUUAUGAUCUAUAUAUAAUAAUAGUAUUUGUUUAUUUUUUAGGAGUGUGAUACAAAGUUUGCUUGCUUGUGGAGCCUCAAGCAAUGUUUGGUGAUUCUUUUUGUAAACCAGCGUUUGAUUUGUAUUGAACAUCUCUAAUGAAUAUUAAGCUUUGUGGAUUAACUCUCAUUUUCUUCUCUUC